AUGGAUCUAUCUAUGUUCUGCCAAAAUAAUCUUCUCUACACACAGGAGUCUUUAUCAAGAUACUGUCUUGGAGGUUAUCAUCCAGUUGAUCUUGGAGAUACUUUUGGAAAUGAUCGUUACAAGGUAUAUCACAAGCUGGGAUGGGGUGGGUUUUCCACAGUGUGGCUUGCAAAGGACAGAGACCGACAACAAUGGGUAUCGUUGAAGAUCAUGACCGCAGAUACGUCAGCAUCGCGAGAGCUGCAAAUGUUGAAACAUCUGGAGUCGUACUCUCGAAAAGAGCUUUCUUCCAAUUAUGUUGUUCAGCUGCUUGAUGCCUUCACUCAUGAAGGCCCGAAUGGGGUCCAUCAAUGUCUUGUAUUUGAAUUACUUGGGCCUUCAGUUGAUAAGGUCCUCUCAGACUACCACGAGAGCCAUGAAAGCCUUUGCCCAGAAACCAUUUUCCGGAUGUCUACACAGCUCUUGAAAGCCAUCAGGUUUAUUCACAGUGCCGGCAUUUGCCAUGGAGAUGUCAGUGGCCGGAAUAUCGCAUUUACUUGCUCUCAUUUAUGGAAGCAAACCGAGGAGCAGCUUUUUGAUGUUCUCGGAUUCCCGAAACUUGAGCCGCUCACCCGUGUCGAUGGUGCACCUUUAGGAAAUGGAUUACCGACCCAGCUGGUCAAGGCAGCAGAUUGGGGUGAGUGGAUAGAUGAGGACGACGAGGAUAUUAGAAUCCUUGAUUUUGGAGAGAGCUUCUUCCAAGGACAGGAGCCUAUAAAGCUGGCUCAACCGGGUUCAUUAAGGUUACCAGAGACGAUUUUCACGGACAGUUUUGAUUAUCGGGUCGACUUAUGGCGCACAGGUUGUAUGCAAACAUACUUACGGCGGUAUGAUGUGAAGAUUUAUUUUUUCUUAUUCACGACAUGGCCAUUCUGGUAUCUCGGCGAAGAUGAUGUUUUCAUUUUCCAAAUGAUUGGUUUUGUGGAGAGUUUGCCGGCUGAAUGGGAGUCUAAAUGGAGAUCAAUGAUGAAGAAGUCUACCCAUGAUUUGAAGCUAGAAGAAGAUUACGGAAUGUCGAAGCUCGAACGGAAGUUUGCUGGGCUGGCGCCCAAUUCAACACUUGAGCCUCUACUUCGUGUGACUCAAGGAUUGAUGCGUUUCCUACCGUCUAGUCGCUUGACUGCAGAGAACGCACUUGAUAUGCUGGCCAACGCUGAAAAUUAA